UGGAUGCAGAGUAUGCGUCUUAUUUUACCUGUUUGAUUUUCUUUUCCGGGCGAGUUGUUCAUAAAAAAUUUUGUGCGCUGCACUUACGUGUCAUUUGACGGCCUUCGGUGUACUGGCGCCUUUCCGGUCACAUUUUGGGGUGUACACUGGCCAUGCCCCAUAACUUUACGUUCUAAAAUCCCUAGAAAUAGUAAGACAUUUUGCACUGCAGAUAUUAGCAGUCACCUUGCCUUGGAUCAUGCCUCCAAUGUUCGGUCUCCGGAGCCUGGUCGUGUGCCGCCGCCACCUGCCUCAGCAGCGCCACCUAUAUUCGGCACUGUGGCGCCAUCUGCACACGGUAUCUCCUCUCCGCGCGCCUCUGGAGCCGGCGGCCGCGCAGCAACGGUCCGAGUGCUCGCCGCCACCGCCGGCACUGUCUCGGCACCUGCACACGUGCCAGCCGCUUUCCCGACGCCCCCGGCUGGCCGACCCCGACUUCGAGAUCAUCUACCGGUUCCCGUACAUCGGCGCUGUGCGCAUGCUCUGUCGCCUGAAGCUGUACCAGACGGGGCUGACACUGCUGGCGACCCCGGCCACCCUGCUGCUGGUGGACGGCACCGCCGCCACCCAGGUGGGCGUCGUCGGUGUGUUCACCUGCGUUAUGCUGUUCGUGAUGGGCGAGUUCUUCCGCCGCUUCGUGGGCAUCCUCUACCUGAAGCGGGACGGCCAGAUGCUGAAAGUGGCACACCUCACGUUUUGGGGCGGCCGCCACGAUCAGCUGAUCCCGAUCAGUGACGUGGUGCCCUUCUCCGAGCUGCACGACUCGCCCCGGGCGGUGUACUUCGCCUUGUGUCGCUACUCCAGCCCCCAGAGAUUUUACAUGUCGCUGCGCUAUGGUGGCGUCACCAGCCGGGAGAAGUUGGAGACUGUGUUUGGACCGAUUGACGACAGAUGACAAGCAGAACCUUCGCUCAGCGCGAUGCGGUGAUGUGUAUCCCGUUUUUCAGAGUUUUGGGUGCUCAUUUUAACAUGUCGUAGUAGGAAGGUUGUUGUACAUCUGUAUGAUGGUCAUUAAAAGACGAUCCUUCGUCACGGAUCAUCUUUUUUAACGCAUGGCAAUGUGGCUAAUUACCUUGGUCGAAAGUAAAUUUAUAAUGGCCAUGUGGUCACUACCUGGUAUGCUGUAUAGCUUCCCUCGUUUCGCUUCAAAUCAAGGUGUUUUAUCAUUCAGGGUGAGUACAUAUGUCUCUGCCGUGUGUUAUCUGAACGCAACGUUUUCUAUAUGCCAGGCUACGCCAAGGGUGCCAGUAAUUCGGUGAUUGAUGUGACCUCGAAACCCAACUACCACAGCUUCUAGAAGUAUACGCCAGCUGAUCGGCCAUUUGCCCGAAAUUCUACUCGCUGCCGGAGGAAACCUCUGAACGAUGCCAUUGUCAGCCACGAUAGGACGCGUCAACCACACUGAACACAGCCGGCGAACGU